AUGUGGACGGACACAUAUCGUCUGGCAAAAAGCGAAGAUGGCGAGCAAGAACAGAAACGGGUAAUAUUUGUAUGGGCGAAAGGUCUGGCUGGAGAGGCUGCGGUGAAGUUGCUCAACAAGCACGGGUUACUUGACGAAGCUAUAGACCACUUUACUGAGAUUGGGACGUUCGAUUUUGCAUUUGAUUUAGCAAGACUAGGUGUAAAGAAAAGACUUCCUCAGUUUGGUGGAUAA